AUUUUACCAAGACUCGCAUCUAUAGCCGGAAGACAGUGGCAACGAAACCGAAACUUUGCAUAAUUUGAAAUUCCAAAAUAUUAUUAACAGAAGUUUUUAGAGAGGACUUUCAGUUUAGUUGACCCUUUGAUUAUAUUGCAAAUCUAGUUUUCAAAAAGAAGAAAAGAAAAGGGAGAAGUUUGGAGGGAAUAAUAAUGUUCGCAAUCGUGUAAAAUGCGAAAAAUUAACAUGCGAAAUAUAAUUGUCUAGGUGCAUACCUGCUUAAUUUUAAGGAAAUAAUUUGGAUACUUUUGCACAAUGUUGAAAAAGAGAGUUUUUAAAGUAUACUCUUGCAUAAGAAUACUUAUGGUUUGUAUUAUCCUGCAUAGCGAAGCGAAGACAGUGGUAGCCGGCAGUAACUCAUGUGAAGUAACAAGGUCAACAGUGCAAGUUGUAAAUGGUUGUCCUGACAGUGAGAAGAGUUGGAGGGAGGCUGCAGUAAGGAAGAAAUGUGACGUCCAUGCCAAACAGUGUAGUGAACCCGAGAGGCUUGUAUACCAUUGUGUCAUCAACCCAAACAUCAACCAGAUGCUGGAAGUGUGUGCAUAUGCACAAAACAUAGUGGGAGGCAAAUGUACAAGCUACAGUAGCAGUGGAAAUGUGAUUCAGGAGAACUGGAGUACAGACUGUUCAGAAUUUAAAGAGAAUGAUUGCCCACUAUUUUAUCGUUCAAAUGUAGCUUACAAGUACCAAGGAUGUUACCAACUGAUAAAGAAAUCAACAGCAGGUACAAACAAUUCAGUGUCUUCAAGAAAUCCAGAUAAUGUAGUUGUCUUUACAACAACUUCAGCAAACAUUUCAUCAAACAUGUCAACAAACAAACAUGUGAACAUGUAA